UCUCUCUAGUUUCAUUCAUUUUUCUUCUUGUCUCCUCUCUCUCUCUCACCAUCACACAGAACACAUAAGAAUCCAUGGCUGCUUCUUCAUCCUCUGCUGCUUCCUUCUUUGGAGUUCGACAAGAUGAACAGUCUCACCUGCUACCUCCUAACUCCUCCGCAGCCGCUCCUCCUCCUACUCACCACCAGCCACCGCAGCCUCCUCAGCAACCCCUUGAAGCUCCACCGCAGAAAAAGAAGAGAAACCAACCAAGAACUCCAAAUUCAGAUGCAGAAGUGAUAGCUUUAUCUCCAAAGACACUUAUGGCUACAAACAGAUUCAUAUGUGAAGUAUGCAACAAAGGGUUUCAAAGAGAACAGAAUCUACAACUUCACCGAAGAGGACACAACCUUCCAUGGAAACUUAAGCAAAAAUCGACCAAAGAAGUGAAGAGGAAAGUGUAUCUUUGUCCGGAGCCCUCGUGCGUCCACCAUGACCCGUCACGUGCUCUCGGAGACCUCACCGGAAUCAAGAAACAUUAUUACCGUAAACACGGUGAAAAGAAAUGGAAGUGCGAGAAAUGUUCUAAGCGUUACGCUGUUCAAUCUGAUUGGAAAGCUCACUCCAAGACUUGUGGUACCAAAGAAUAUCGUUGCGAUUGUGGUACACUCUUCUCCAGGCGAGACAGUUUCAUUACGCAUAGAGCCUUCUGUGACGCGUUGGCACAAGAGAGUGCGAGACACCCAACUUCUUUGACUUCUUUGCCAAGUCACCACUUUCCAUACGGACAAAACACCAACAACUCCAACAACAACACUUCUAGCAUGAUCCUUGGUAUGCCCCAAAUGGGGGCCCCACAGAAUCUUGAUCAUCAGUCCGGUGACGUUCUUCGACUUGGAAGCGGUGGAGGACGUGGAGGGGCCGCCUCACGCUCUUCCUCUGAUCUCAUCGCUGCAAAUGCUUCAGGUUACUUCAUGCAAGACCAAAACCCUAGCUUUCAUGACCAACAAGACCAUCAUCAACAACAACAACAAGGGUUUUUGGCUGCAAGCAAUAACAUCAAGCCAUCUCCAAUGAAUUUUCAACAGAGUCUGAUGCAGUUCUCACAUGAUAACCAUAAUUCUCCUUCCUCCAAUCUCUUCUUCCUAUCUGGAAACAAUGGAGUUGCUUCUGCUACAAGCAACCAUAAUGCUGCUGCUGUUUCUUCGGGUAAUCAUAUGAUUUCAAACCAUUUUAGUGGCGAAAAUGCUGUUGGAGGAGGAGGAGGAAGUACAGGUCUCUUCCCUAACAAUCUGAUGAGUUCAUCAGGCAGAAUCAACUCAGGAGCGGUGCCUUCACUCUUUAGCUCGUCAAUGCAAAACCCUAAUUCAGCACCUCACAUGUCAGCCACUGCUCUUCUUCAGAAAGCUGCUCAAAUGGGUUCAUCAACCUCAAGCAGCAACAACAACAACAAUAAUAACAACGCCUCGUCGAUUCUAAGAAGCUUUGGUAGCGGAAUGUACGGAGAGAACGAGAGUAAUCUUCACGAUUUGAUGAACUCUUUCUCAAACCCGGGCGCAACGGGAAGCAACGUUAAUGGUGUAGAUUCUCAGUUUGGUGCGUACGGAGGAGUGAACAAAGGACUAAACGCUGAUAAACAGAGCAUGACUAGAGACUUUCUUGGAGUUGGACAGAUUGUUAGAAGCAUGAGUGGAAGCGCAGGGUUUCAACAACAACAACAACAUCAGCAACAUGGGAAUGGUAGUAGAGAAAGAGUUGGCUCUUCAUCGGAUUCGGCCGAUAGAAAUAGCAUGAAUGUGAAUCCUGGUGGUGGUUCUACUAGUUCACCACCGUAUGGAGUCCAUCAUGCUAGUUUCUAGCUAAAAGAAAAAAAAAUUAAAAGGUUUUGAAUUCAUCAGAGGACGUACAUGCUAUAUAUCUUUCAGGCAUGCAUCAAUGCAUGUCGUCAUCAAAAUCCCAUGACUCUCAGUAUUUAAGCUUAUCAGAAAGUAGUAAUAAAUAGUUGCAUUUUAUCUAAACUCAGCCCUCUUUUUUUAUUGUAAAAUUUUUCGCCUUUAUAGUUUAUAUAAAUGGAUUCCUCCUGAAAAAUAUUCAGAGUUAUAGUUUAUUGUUACAUAAUGAAGAAUUUUUUGUAUUAUUACAUUUUGCAUAAUUUUUGCAAUUCUAAACUUUCUUUUGGAUUGUGAAAGAUUAGAUAUAUUAUC